UUCGCCGUUGAUGUUAAGGGAUUUAAUCCCAGUACCCGCAUGUCUUUCAACUGGCACGCCUAUCUUUCCGAAACUGGAGCUGAGGUUUCCCCUCCCAGUCUCUUUGAUCACGUGUGUCGUAGCUUGGAACCCAUUAUCCACAAAGGUGAGGUGUUGGAGGCCGUUUCGGUUGAGUCAUGGAACGAACACGACCCAACCACUUUCGGAUUUUGGCCCGCUGAAGUUGCAUCAAUCUCAGGUCACAUGGUUUUGUUCAAAUGGUGCGGCUUGGAGGAAUGCGUCCCAACUGAUCAAAGAUGGCCAACCAGUUCAGGAUUUUGGUUUGACACGAAAGGAACCAACUGGCACCUUGUGCGUCCUGUUGGAACUACGCAGCUAAAGGGACAGAAUAUGAAAGAACCGACCCAUAUUUGUUCUAAACCGGAUACCCACCGGAUCCCUAACGCCGCAUUGCUGGAAAGUUUGAAGAAGCGUGCUAUAUCCCACAUCUUCUUUGAACAAAGGAUCCUGUACAUGUACGAGGCGAUUAGGGUCGGUGGGUAUUUUGAAUGUGAACAUCCGAGUAAUCCCUGUUUUGUGUGGCCUGUUAAGGUUCUUCGUACUGUUGGUGGACGCUUACACCUAGCUUGGUUCGGGUCGGAAAAAAAGAAAUCUACCUGUGGGCCGUGUUUGUCACAGAAUGCAAAUUUUACUCUUUUCUACCUUCAUCGGCGCAUUCAUCCAUUAGGAUGGGGUAAAUACUAUGGGCUUGCUUACUGUCCGCCGCCUGGAUUGACACCAGAUCGGACCAUCUCCAAUGUGGACGCAUUUAUUCGUGGAACUCCGCCAGCUUUCAUGCAGUUACCUGGCGAGGAGGUAUUUGACGUCCGGAAAAUGCGAAUCGGACAUCCACUAUAUCAGCCCGACCCACCCUUGCACGAGUUCAAGGUCGGUUGGAAAGUUGAGGCUGUAAACCCUCAGAAGCCAUACGCGGUCCAACCUGCCACCGUCGUCCAGGUAUUUAAUUCUCGGUACUUUUUGGUCGAAUUGGAUGACCUCACUGUUGCCGACAGCGGUCUCACAUCCUCAAAACCCGUCACUCCGUCUACUCAGUCUGAACGCAUUCGGUUUGUAUCGUAUGCAGGUUCACCGGUAAUCAUGCCCGUGAACACUAGUCAGCUGCGCGGAUUGCAUUUAACUCCGCCACCGGGAUGGCCAUCCAAACGCUCAUUCACGUGGACUACCUACCUAACCCUACUGUCCAACCAGCAACAAACCUUUGGCAUCAGCGUUGAAAAUGGCCUUCUCCGGUCUGCAUCCACAACUAACCUACAUGUAGCCAAUCGCCAUCAUUUGCAACUGUAUAGCGGCCUCGGUCCACACGGUACCGAAUUUGUACAUAGUCCUUCAACCAGUUUAUUGGCCAAUGAUUGUCCUGUGUCUUCAUCUUCACAUGUGCUCUUUUGUCCAUCCGAAGCAGUGUUCAAGGGUGUGCACAUAUCUGAAAUGUUCCCAACUUACUCGGAUACAGAAAGUGCCCUUCAAUCGAAAUAUGCAAACAGUUCUAUUCAUGUUUCUGCGGACGCAUGUGACGGAGCUCUGAACCCCAUUAAACGAGAAAUGGGCAAUCACUCGAAAGAGCGUCAUAGCUCACGAUUUCUUCUUGGCAUGAAAUUGGAAAUGGUACUUCCGGAGUUCCUAGCGAGUUUUGUUCCCGAAUCACAGUCGGAUUCUGCCGGACUGCCUCUAUGUACCGCAACCGUGACCCGUGUUGAAGAGUCCAACCUACUUUGGCUUUUACCGGAUUUGGAUAUGGCAAGAAGUCGGAAGCAGCUCCAUCCGAUUAUGGUUGAUGCACGUUCAACAGAUCUUUAUCCUGUAGGCUGGGCUGCAUCGGUCGGUCAUCUGAUUAUCGCACCUGCAGGUUAUGAGCAGCACUGCGAAGAUUCAAAAACUGGGGUUUCUUCUGAAACAGACGUCGUGCACAACGAGACUCCGGCACCGCUGUGGAGCAUAGAACUUCGGCCGACACAUGAUUUGCAAUAUCAGGCUGUAACUUAUGAGUCGGAAGAAAUAUGUCCCCCCAUAUACAUCAACAGCAAAUGUUAUCUCGGCCCCUUUCUUUGCAGAACAAAUCUGGACCUGCUUCCACAGCGCUUCGGACCUGGUCCAAUAGCUCGUGUGAUGCAUAACCUCCUAACUCGGUUAGUUAGUGCGGCCUAUAGGCCUAUCCGAGUGCUUCGCAUGUUUGAGGCCGACUGGGCCAGUGGGAUGUCAUCGGCGCUGACCAAUCUACGCACUGCUCAACGUGCCAACAGUGCUGGCGGUGAUUCUACUGUGGUCACUCGUGGUCGAUACAACCUCCAGACUGCCAGGACUGCUUUUAGGCACGCAGAAGCUGAUACAAUUGAGCAACGUCGGGUCGGUAUGCGCGUCGUAAUCCUGCGUAUUCGAUGCCCCAGACGAGGAAUAAAAAUCGAGGCCCCAGUAGAAGUUUGUUGCCGUGUUCGGGCUGUUGAAGAAUUUUGUCGUCAGGUAUCCCUAGUUCUCGAAGCCUGCCCACAUCUAAUCAGUCUAAACGCACCUUGUCUCGGUGAGACAUCUGACCAUCCCCAGUCCCAUGUAAAUGAAUCUCCUGCCCUAUGUGUGACCCAACAAAAUGCCGAUCAUAACAACUUGUCUGAAUCUAAUGAGUUCGACUUCAGUUCGCACUGUCAUGCAAACGAAUGUCCUUCGUUCUGUGCAAGCCGGUUACGCUCUCGCAAUUUGGAUCGCCUUCCAGCAUGGAAACGGCGUAUGUACGCUUCGUUGCGUCCAUUUGGAGUCCAACCUCCAUCAUCAGAAAGCAACUGGCAACUUCCGGCACGUGGAUCGUCCACGGUACUCGCUACCACUCUCCGCACACGUUCUGCGGUGGCGGCAGCCCAACGUCAACAACACGCACUAGGACGGGCGUUGUCUCCAACACAUGUGUUUUCUGGACUCAUAAAUGGUCAACCUAUUACGAGGGCUCCUAGGCGCCAGCGAGGUCGUAUUGCAGGCAGGUUCCGUGGUUCUCAUCUCCGUCGACAUUCUGGUCAAUUGUCGAUGGACACUGAUCUGCGUCACCAUCUUCCUGGUUGUCUGAAAAGACCGCAUAAUGCGGGGGCUCUCCCUAGGUCAGAUCGUAUGUAUGACUUCUGCACAAACAGUCCCCCUCCUCAUCAGCAGUCUAUGGACACAAAUGGAAGCAAUCCCCCAAAUGAGAACGGUGUGACGAUUUGUGCACAGAAAUAUCAUCCCAACAUGCAUAAUCAUAUACAUUAUCCCUGGAGAAAUCAACGCAUUCCAAUCGACCCAUACGUUUGCACUUCCUCACGUUUCCGACCCAUCCCCCGUCCCCUGCCCCACCAUGACGGUUACCUACAAGAUGUGAACCUGAAUACAAUCCUGUCGGACGCUCCUCGGGUCACUCUGUCCAGUAACCCGCUGUUUUGGACCCCGGUCGAGCUAGGCUCGUACUUGGGAGAGACAGACUGCAAAGAGAUGUGGCCCUUGUUGGCUGCGGAGGCAGUGGACGGACAGGCCUUCAUGCUUCUCACGCUUCCCGUGUUGCACCACCUUGUUGGGCUCCGGUGGGAAGAUGCUAUUCGUCUUGCCCGUCAUGUGGUCUCCGUCAAACGUGCCUUCAUGGAACAGUUCAGCACGGAGUCAAACGACAACAAUAAUGUGAUCGGUCGUUCGUCGUAACUUUUGCGAUGCCUAUCUUUGGAUGUAUAUAUUAUCCUAUCACCAUACCUACCAGUGUGCUCCUAAGCCUAAUGUUCGUAUCUCUUUCCGUUUCCUUAUCUCAGGCAACGGGUUACUUUGUGGUUAGACCCGAUUUUUUUAAAAACAAAACAAAACUGACCAAUGUAAACAGUUGUACAUAAAACGUCAUAAUUUCAAUACAUGCAUUUCUCAGUUUUCC